CACUCAAUGAGACCUGAGAGCCGUAAGAUACCUGGCUUUCAUGGCGCUACGUCGUGAAGAAGGUUGGCACAGCAGCCACCAGAGCCAUUUCGGUCGCGACCGCUGGGAAGAGCUACGCAUUGCCUUGGAGAGGGACCAUGAGCAUCUGUGCUACGUGAAUCCCUUCCUUCCAGCAAGCGAAAAGGAGGUUAUUUGCGAAGAUUACAGUCUUCAGCCCAGCUGCAUCCCGGGCGCCUACGACUUCUGCCUGCCUCCAACGGAACGGCAGUUCCCAGUGGUGGACGCUGGCGACGAACGACAUAUCUUCGUGGACAAGCUCCGAGAAGAGAGGCAUGAGUUGGAGUUGCGCGCACCUGGGGAGGAGAUCGCCCCCUUUGCCCUCUCUGAGGGCUCCUCCUUGGUGGUGUCAGCCGCUUUGCAGGUCGAGGAGGGAGACACCGUGCUGGAUGCCUGUGCCAACGGCAUCACGUCGCUGGUCUUGGCCGGCGGCCUCUUUCCGCGCUGCCCGCGUGGGCAAGCCUUGCCUCAUGAUCUCCAGGGUCGACUGGUGUGCAACGAGAUGGUGAAAUCGAAAGCUAGCCGUUUGCAGCAGACGAUGCAUACCUUGUUGCCCUGGCGGCUCUUUGACGUGAACGCCGCUGCUGGACACGCCCCACGUGUUGUCUUCACUUCUGUCGACAUGGCCACCACCUCCAAUGCGGCCGAAAGGCUUGGUCCCUACGACAAGAUCCUGCUGGGUCCUCCAUGCACAGAGGACAAAGAAAUGCUGCGGGGCAGUGCACCUGGCGGACUCAGCAAGUGGUCUGCGGCCACCGCCAAGGUGAAUGCAGAGCGGCAGCUCAAAUGGCUGCACAAUUCUCUUUGGCUCCUGCGGGAGGGAGGCGUGGUGCUGUACUUCACACGAGCGUUAUCCGUGGAGGAAGGUGAUGGUGUCAUUCAGCGACUCUUCCAACGUGUCGAGGGGCUGUUCGACUUGCAGGUGAUGCCUUUGGAGGAGCUCGUGGCAGGCUUUGUGCCGGGCCUGAGCGCUGAGCCGACGGAUUGGGGUGCCCGAAUCAUGCCGGACAAGACAUCCUUCGGCCCCAUGUUCUUCAGCCGCUUACGGCUGCUGCGACGAAGACACCAGGGCCAUGAACAAGCCACCGGUUUCGUCUCCUUAGGGCCUUGAGUCGCCAUGAAUCGGCCAUGUUUCACCCAGACGGGCGGAG